UGAAGACUCAGGGUGGGUCCAGGCAGUACAUGUGCAGCAAAUGUGGGAAAUCCUUAGGUGGCAAAUCCGUCCCCCUUCAUAUCCAGAGAUGGCACAGUGGAGGAAAGAGUUAUGUUUGUAGCGAGUGUGCAGAAUCCCUUAGUGGGAGCUCAUUGUUGAUUAGUCAUAGGGUUCAGUCUGGAGAACGGUUAUAUAAGUGUCGUUGCUGUGCAAAAUCUUUUCCGUCUAUGUCUGCUCUCUCAUAUCAUCAGAGAUCUCACACGGGGGAAAGACAGUAUGAGUGCAGUCAUUGUGGGAAAUGUUUUACCAGUAGUUCGGUCCUCCAUUACCACCAGAGACUUCACAUUGGAGAAAGACCUUAUAAUUGUAAUGAAUGUGGGAAAUCAUUUAAGUUUAAGUCAACCUUCAUUAAACACCAGAGAAUUCACACAGGAGAAAGGCCUUAUGCUUGCAGUGAAUGUGGGAAAUCUUUUAUCUCUAGGACUGACCUACGGUAUCAUCAGAGAAUUCACACAGGAGAGAGACCUUAUCAGUGCACAGAAUGUGGCAAGUCCUUUGUCCGAAGAAAUAUCCUCAAAGUACACAAAAAGGUUCACUCAGGUGAAAGGCCUUAUAAGUGUAAUGAAUGUGGGAAAUCUUUGAAGUGUAAGUCAUCAUUGAUUAAACACCAGAGAAUUCACACAGGAGAGAGGCCUUAUACUUGCAGUGAAUGCGGGAAAUCUUUCAUCACUAGUUCUGUGCUUCAUUCUCACCAGAGAGUUCACACUGGAGAAAGGCCUUACGAAUGCAGUGACUGUGGGAAAACUUUUACCACUAGUUCUGUCCUCCGUGAUCACCAGAGACUUCAUACUGGAGAAAGGCCUUAUGAGUGCAGUGAAUGUGGGAAAACUUUUACCACAAGUUCUGCCCUUCAUUAUCACCACAGAGUCCACACUGGAGAAAGACCUUAUAAGUGCACUGAAUGUGGCAAGACCUUUGUCCGAAGAAAUAGCCUGAGCGUGCACCUAAAAGUUCACUCAGGUGAAAAGCCUUAUAAGUGUAAUGAAUGUGGGAAAUCAUUGAAGUGUAAGUCAACAUUCAUUCAACACCAGAGAAUUCACACAGGAGAAAGGCCUUAUGAGUGCAGUGAAUGUGGGAAAUCUUUUUCAGCUACUUCUGUCCUUCGUUCUCACCAGAGAAUACACACAGGAGAAAGGCCUUAUGAGUGCAGUGAAUGUGGAAAAUCUUUUACCUCUAGUUCUGCCCUCCGUUCUCACCAAAGAGUGCACACUGGAGAAAGGCCUUAUGAGUGCCAUGAGUGUGGCAAGUUCUUUCUCCACAGAAAUAGCCUCAAUGUUCACAUCAAGGUUCACUCAGGUGAAAGACCCUAUACAUGUAAUGAAUGUGGGAAAUCUUUGAACUAUAAGUCAACGUUCAUUCAACACCAGAGAAUUCACACGGGAGAAAAACCUUAUCUGUGCAGUGAAUGUGGGAAAUCUUUUAGUCAUAGCUGUGCCCUCCGGUAUCAUCGUCAGAGUCACCUUGGAAUAAGUCCCUAUGAUUGUAAUGAAUGUGGGAAAUCUUUUACCUCUAGUUCUGUCCUCCGUGAUCACCAGAGACUUCACACUGGAGAAAGGCCCUAUGAGUGCAGUCAGUGUGGGAAGUCUUUCACUGCUCGUUCUGUCCUCCGUUCUCACCAGAGAGUUCACUCUCGGGAAAGGCCUUAUGAGUGCAGUGAAUGUGGCAAGUCCUUUGUCAGAAGAAAUAGCCUCAAUGUACACAUAAGGGUUCACUCAGGUGAAAAGCCUUAUAAGUGUAGUGAAUGUGGGAAAUCUUGGAAGUGUAAGUCGACAUUCAUAAAACACCAGAGAAUUCAUAUAGGAGAAAAGUCUUUUGCUUGCAGCGAAUGUGGGAAAUCUUUUAUGAGUCAGGGUGCUCUUAGUCAUCAUCACAGAGUUCACAGUAGCAACAGGCCUUAGGGGUGCUGGUGUUGUGGGGAAUCUUUUUGUUAAAUCUUUAGUCUCCUUCAACCCGAGGAAGUACACAAGAAAUAGAGUCCUUAUGGGCAAUAUUAUGAACUGAAUGUUUAUGUUCACAAAAACUGGUAUGUUCAACCCCUAACCUCUAAUGCAGUAGGUUUAGCAUGUGAUAUCUUGGGAGAUAAUUCAAAGAUAACGUUUCAUGAAAAUCUGAAUUAGCCCUGGAGCAAGGCUUCAUGAGUAGGUGAAUGACACAAUUCCUUUAGCCGGUUAUCUGUAUUCAUUCCACACUUGAGAUUUCACACUGCAGAAAGAGUUAAAAAUAGCAUAAAAGGUAACAUUUCCUUCUUAGAAUAUUUACUCUGGAGAAGAACCUUUUUGAGGAAGCCACCUUCCUGAAUUGAACUUUGUUCACCUGAAUCUCUACAGUGGAGUGACUUUGCAUAAGUUCAGCCUUUUGGCAAAAAAUUCAGAAGGUGUAUAUUGCGUUCUGAUGUGUCUGAAGUUAAUGCUAGAAGUCACUGCCAGAUUGCAUGGCAGAAGUCAUUUCAUCUCUGCCACCUGGAUGGUCCCAAUAAUGUAGAUCAGUCACCACCCAACAUGCUUAACAGUGCUGCCGUCCUUUGUCUUUUGCUGAUGGAAAUUACAGGUAAUUGGGUCUCUUCAUUUCCUUCUAAUUUUGGUCAUGCAUGUAACCCAGUGUUGACCAUCAGUACCUGAUCUAUGUUUUGGGCAGUUAGUUGCACAGGAAGACUAAAUCUCGUAGGGACUUGUUGGUCUUUUAAUGCUUCUGAUAAAUCUUUGCAGCUUCCAAGCUGCAAUUUCAAUUGCAUUUCCAAUCAAUUUCCAAUCUGCAUUUCCAGAGGAAAUGUUUAUGCAUUAAUAUGUCUUUUUUAUUUAAUUACCUGUAAUCUUAGGUGUUGUGUUCACUCUAAGGAGUGGUUUGAAAUCAGAAUUGGGCUCCCCACAUGUAGGAUUGAACAGAUUUCAUUGCAUUCCAUGUUAAUUGUGUCCCAGAAUGGAUACUACCUACCUGCAUACAACAUUACUAUUCUCCAGCCCGGGCCUUAAUUUGUAUUAACUCUAAAACCUAUCUGAUGGGCUGAAUGUGCACUCACAAUUCGCAUUUUGAAGUUAUAACCCCCCCCAACCUCACGAUGUGACGAUAGUUAGACAUAGCGUCUUCAAAGACCUCAUGAAGUUGAAGUGGGUUAUUAGGAUGGACUCAUGCGGUAUGGCUGGUGUCGUAAGAAGAGGAGAUGAGGGUACAAGCACACUCGGGUGACUGUGAAGAUGGCAUUCCCGUCUGCAAGCCAAGGAGAGAGGCCUCAGAAGAAACUAACCCGGCUGACACCUUAUGUUCAAUUUCAAGACUCCAGAUUGGGGUGAAAUAAAUU